UUUUUUUUUUUUUUUUUCUUCUUCUUCUUUCUGAGCCAAACAUCAUGUCCAUUCCCAACCAAGGUGCCUAUCCUCCUCCGGAGUACGCGACUGCCGGCUCGCCUCCGCCCCAGGCUGGCUAUCCUGCUCCUGCUGGCUAUCCGCUCCAGCACCAGCCGAGCACGGGCUCCACCGCCUCCGCCGCCCCUUCGUACAACGCCCCUCCGCUUGAGGCCAAGCCGCCGGGCUACCCGCCGCAGCAGGGAUACCCGCCCCAGGGCUAUCCGCAGUCGCCCUCGCCGCCGCCUGGUGGCUACCCGCAGCAGUACCCUCAGCAGGGAGGCUACCCGCCGCAGCAGGGAGGCUAUCCGCCGCAGGGCUAUCCGCCGCAGGGAUACCCGCCGCAAGGAUACCCGCCGCAGGGAUACCCGCCGCAAGGAUACCCGCCGCAGGGAUACCCGCAGCAGGGAUACGUCCAGACCACGACGACGUACGGCACGAAUCCCGCGCAGCAGCGCCAGGUCGUUGUCAUCCAGGACAACCGCGUCAACCACCCGCUGCACUGCCUCAUCACCUUCUUCUUCUUCCCCUGGAUUAUUGUUUGGUUUAUUCUGUGCCUUGCCGAAAGCUCUGGUCCCAGCGUCACUACCACCACGACCACUGCGAACGGCACCCAGGUCGUUCGCAACCCCUAAGUGUGAUGACACGGCUCGCCAUCCUUGAGACGGAAUGAUUCGACUGCUGCGCAGCGACUGCGAGUGCUGCAUGCGUUUUGUCCUUUCGUGUUGCUUUUUUUGUUAUGAACACAACAGUUUUCGAUUUUUUUAA